UUAAGGUAUAGGUAAAUAAAGAGAAACUUGGCAAAUCUAUGGAGGUCGUAUUUGAUUCUAAUUCUAACUGAAAGACUUUUAAGAGAUAAUAGGACUAGUUUAUUAUUAAGUAAAAUUAAGCCUAUGUUACGAUACCAGAAAUGAAGGAAAAUAUUUUUUGUGGGUAUUGCCUGAGGCAAUAUUUGUUGCCUUGGUGAGGAUAUACAGUAUCCCCUCUAUAGCUUAAAUAUUCCAGAAUAGUUGGGCCAUUUACUAUAAAUUUUUUUAUUUUCAUUCCUUCCUUUUAAUUAAACAAUCCACAGGUAAAAAUGCCGCCAAAAUUUUUUUUCAAAAAAGUGCCGACAUUUUUAUGUCUUUGUAUUCGAGAAUUUCUUGUGUUUGUUGCUUUAUUUACAAUUAUUGCGCAAUACAAUUUCUCGAAUAAUCCGGUCAUUUUUGUGAUUUUUCUUUUUUUCUUGUUUACCGCUUCUAUUUUCUCACACCUUUAAAUUCCCCGAGAGCGGUAAUCGCGCGCGGCUAUCUUUAAAUAA